AUGGCAUGGGCUGUACCAGGGGCAUUGGGAUUGAAUAGCACAUCAGUGGAGCAAAGGAGGCUAAUACGGACUCGAUCGAUCUGUCGCUGGGUCGUGUCUCACUCGCUACACGCAACAAAUCGAAUAUGGGCUUCACGGCAUGUUUGCUGGGUCAUUGGCCAGGUCGAUGAUGUGACCGUGGCAAUUGGCCACGUGCACAGGGGAACGCGAAACCUGAUGCGCUAG